AUCGUCUUGUAACAAACUCUAAAGAUUGUAAGGAAAUGUAUCUUGUGACUGCAGAUGAAAGCCUUUGUCCUGCUGGCCUGUACUGUGGUUCUGGCGGCCGCCACGCCCUCUUACAAUGAAUGGCAACGCUUCAAGACACAGUUCGGCAAGCAGUACAGAAGCAGCCAGGAGGAGGAGUACCGCAAGUCGGUGUUCGAGCAGAACCAAGAAUUCAUCGACAAUCAUAACAAGAAAUUUGAGGACGGCCUCGUCACCUUCACGCUCAAGAUGAAUCAGUUUGGUGAUCUGACCACAGACGAGAUCAACCAUAUGAUGAACGGGUACCGAGGGAGCCAGAGACGCCACACCAUGAUCCUUCACCAAUCCAAGGAAGAGGAACUUCCCAAAACUGUGGACUGGCGCAAGGAGGGCGCCGUCACCCCAGUGAAGGACCAGAAGGCGUGUGGUUCCUGUUGGGCGUUCUCCACGACCGGUUCCCUGGAGGGCCAACAUUUCCUUGCCUCUAAGAAACUGGUGAGCCUCUCAGAACAAAACCUUGUUGACUGCUCUGACAAGUACGGUAACUUCGGCUGCGGCGGCGGACUCAUGGACAAUGCCUUCAGGUACAUCAAGAACAACAACGGCAUUGACACCGAGCAGUCUUACCCUUACGAAGCCAAGAACGGCCCGUGCCGCUUCAAGGCUGGAGACGUUGGCGCCACCCUCACUGGUUAUGUUGACAUACAGAAGGACAGUGAAAAAGAUCUCCAGCAUGCUGUAGCAAAGAAGGGACCCAUCUCUGUUGCUAUCGACGCUUCCCGACCCACUUUCCACUUUUAUAGCAGUGGAAUCUAUUAUGAUGAACAUUGCUCGUCGACAUUCCUGGAUCAUGGAGUUCUUGCGGUGGGUUACGGUACUGACUCUAGUGAGUACUGGCUGGUGAAGAACUCCUGGAACGAGUCCUGGGGUGAUAAGGGAUACAUCAAGAUGUCCCGCAACAGGAAUAAUAACUGCGGUAUUGCGACACAAGCAUCUUAUCCUCUCGUCUAAGACCUGACACCACUCUGGAAGAUUCCCCACAAAGCCUGGUCGUGGCACAUUACCGUAAUUCAGAAUUGAUUUUUUUUUUUUAUGUUUUCGAGAGACUCGCUCAUAUAAUCACAAAAAUAAUAUCCUUGCCGCACUAACUGUAUUAAGAAACAAAUGAUUUAGAACAUUACAUUUAUAUCUGCAGACCAAUUUUUCCUUGCUUAAUGAAAUAAAAAUGUCAAUAUAAUUAAAAAAUCAUAAUGAACAAAGUAGUAUAUGAAAAGAAUAUUAUGCUACAUUUUGAAAAGAAGGAAAAAUGAAAAGAAAAAUAGUCACAUACAUAAGGGAAGAUUGAUGUAAAGGCUUAAUUAAAUUAAUUUCAAAGAAAAAACAGAAACAUAUAAUACUACAAUUUGAUAUAACUGAUCCUCUUAUAGGAAAAGAAUAUGUAUAUGUGUUGCAUGACAAUGACCAUGUAGUGUUUCUUAAUUAUAUGAAAAAAAGUAAAUCAAAUGUUUUCU